CUCAAUUCUGCAGAUAUAACAUAUAUAAAAAAGGUGCGUGCAUAGAUGUUGUAUAGAGCAUUAGUUGAAAAAUUAGCUCCCACCAUGGCUUCUGAUUCUCUUUUUCUUCUUUUCUUUCUUUCCAUCAUAACCCUCUCUCAAGCGAGUGUAAACAUAGACUGCGGAACGUCAUUAUCGGGCGUAGACGCCAACAACAUCAAAUGGGUCGGGGACAAAGACUUCAUCACAUCCGGAGAAUCUGCCACGGUUUCUUCCACCACCGUAGAGAGAUCCCUCACCACACUGCGGUACUUCCCGACCGGCGAAUCCAACUGCUAUAACAUUCCGGUAACAAAAGGAGGAAAAGUCCUAGUGCGAACGAUGUUUUACUAUGGAAACUACGACGGGAAGUCUUCAUCCCCAUCCUUCAGCGUAGUUUUCGAAGGGAAACACCGAGGCACCGUAUCCAUAUCUUCGGCAUUCGAACCUUACACUUUGGAGCUGAUAUUUGCCCCAGCCAGCGGAGAGACAAGCGUUUGUUUUGUGCGUACCUCAUCAUCAAACCCAUUUGUAUCCUCCAUUGAAGUUGCUGACUUAGCCGAUGGCAUGUAUGACGAGCUUGGUCCUGGUGAAGGUUUAUUUUACCAACAACGACGUGCGUAUGGCACAACAGAAGUUAUAAGAUCGGAUCUUUACGGUAGGUUCUGGCUUCCUUCCGAGGUAAACAUAUUAUUGACAGGAAUACCAUCCGGGGCUGCAUCUAUCGAUACCUCUGAUGCAUCAAACAAGCCGCCUGAGUCCAUCCUCCGUAACUCUUGGAGCGGGGAUAGCUUAGCACUAGUCGACCCCACUCUUCCUACGGGAGGAGUUCCUGUUUACUUGGCUAUGUAUUUCUCGGAGCCACUCGAAAUGAGUGUACGAUCAUUCAACAUAAUGUUUGGCAGUAAGAAUGUUGGCACGGGUCCAAUUGUGCCAGUGUAUGGAAAAGCUACCCAAGUGGUAGUGAGAGACGUCGUGGCUAGCUCGAGUUCCCAGCUAGUGUUCCAGUCCACGAUUAAUGCGCUUUUACCCCCAAUGAUAAAUGCGUUGGAGCUCUAUAUUAUAAGUUCUGGUACAAGUGGAGACGGAAGCGGUAAUGGAAGUGGAAGCGGACCAGGAACAGGUGGAGGUGGAGGUAGUGGGGGAGGUGGAGGAGGCGGAUCUGGGAGUGGCGGACCUGCAGGUUCUGGUGGGACUGGAAAAGGGGAAACUGGAGGAAGCAACGGAGGGAACUCAGGUGGGUCAACCAAUGAAGAAAAGAAAAGUAAACUGCCAAUUAUAGUCGGUGCGGUAGCCGCGGUAGUGUUUGUUAUUGUAUGUGCUAUAGUUACUAUUAUCUGCGUGAAACGUCGCAGAGAAGGGUCGCAAGUACUGACGACGACAUUGCCAAUGACGUCCACAGUUGCUCAAACGGGGACUGGAGCAUCCCCUCUAUCUGGACAACAGACGGGGAACGAAGCGAACCAGUUUACAAAUGAAGAUAUCGACGACCUGAUUGGACCGAACCUGUCGUAUGUAACGGAGCAACAUUGAACUUCUAUUUUGAUAUAAAUGUUUUUUACCUUCAAUUGUAUGUCUUUCCAAUGACCAUUUUCUGCGAGAUUUUUUUGUUCUUUAUGGUUUUCAUGUCGUACGUAUCGUUAAUUACAUCCAAUUAUUUAUUCUGGUUGUGACAUUAA